AUGUUUCGCGUCAGCAACACCCUCCUCGGCGUCGUCAACUCACUCACUCUCCUCCUCGGUCUCGUCGCCCUCGGCUUCUCCCUCUUCAUCCACGUCCGUGGCGCCGAAGCCUCCGAUUGCCAGAAGAUUCUGCAAUUGCCGCUGUUGUUCGGCGGCAUUUUCAUCGCGGUCGUCUCCUUGCUGGGCAUCGCGGGUUCUUUCUGCGGCCUCAAUCUCCUUCUGUACGUCUACUUGUUCGUGACGUUCCUCCUGAUUAUAGGGCUCAUCUUGUUCACCGUCUUCGUGCUGUUGAUAACCAACCAGAAGGUGGGACAGACGGUGUCGGGAAAAGGCUAUAGGGAGUAUAAGACGUGGGAUUUCCACAACUAUUUGCAGCGGUAUGUGCUGAACGACAAGAAUUGGGCUGAGAUCAAGAGUUGCUUGAUGGACACCCACGUGUGCAGUAAUCUCGCCGUGGACGGCAACUCCCUCCUCUACAAACAACUCACGACGACGCAGACGGGGUGCUGUAAGCCGCCGGCGGCGUGCGGGUUCACGAUGAUAAACGCAACGUACUGGGAGGCGCCGAAGACGGGGGCGGGAGGGAACGACACGGACUGUAAGACGUGGAGCAACGAAGAAGACAGGCUGUGCUACGAGUGCAAUUCAUGCAAAGGAGGAGUGUUGGCCAACAUAAGGAAGCAAUGGAGACGAGUAGCCAUAAUCAACACGUGCGUGCUGCUGCUGCUCAUCGUCAUCUACUUCUUGGGCUGCUGCGCCAUCACCAACAAUCGCUCCGAUAGGCAUCGCUCCUCCAAGUACCUCUCAAGAUCCCCCAACGCCGCCUGACGCCUCUCGUCUAUGCUCUUUAAUUUGCCCUUUUCUUGUUCUUACUAUAUGCAUACAUAUACGUAUCUUCUUAGGUGCAGCUAGCUAGAAGUUAAGUGUCAAUCUUUAGGACUAAUUAUAUCUGUGUUGUGUUUUCACUUUUCAUUUCAUACAUGGGACUCGUUUCAGUUGUUUCGAAUUCACAUAACAU